GCGCUAUGCCUUUAACGGCGCGCGGGGCAGGCAUGCCGAGCGCGUAGUGCGGGAAAGUCGAGGCGGGGUUAAAGUUCAGCUCAUGGAGCGGCUCCGCGCUGGCUGCAGUUUGGCAGAGUUGGAAAUGUGAAAGCAAGAAGCAGGCUCGGGGCUCCCCCUCCUCUCCUCUCUCUCUCUCUCUCCCUCUCUCUCUCUCUCUCCUCUUUCCCCUCCUCUCUCUCCCUCUCCCUCUGUCUCUCCCCCUCUCUCUCUCCCUCUCUCCCGCACACGCACACCUCCAAACCGCAGCCCCCCGCAGCAGUCAUGUAUUCUCCGCUCUGUCUCACCCAGGAUGAAUUUCAUCCCUUCAUCGAAGCACUUCUGCCUCACGUCCGAGCGUUUGCGUACACGUGGUUCAACCUGCAAGCCCGAAAAAGAAAAUACUUCAAAAAACAUGAAAAACGCAUGUCAAAAGAGGAAGAGAGAGCCGUGAAGGACGAACUGCUAAGUGAAAAACCCGAGGUAAAGCAAAAAUGGGCAUCCAGACUUCUGGCAAAGCUCCGGAAAGAUAUCAGGCCUGAAUUUCGGGAGGAUUUUGUUCUCACAGUCACAGGAAAAAAGCCUCCGUGUUGCGUUCUUUCCAAUCCAGACCAGAAGGGCAAGAUGAGAAGAAUUGACUGCCUUCGCCAGGCAGAUAAGGUCUGGAGAUUGGACCUUGUUAUGGUGAUUUUAUUUAAAGGUAUUCCGCUCGAAAGUACUGAUGGCGAGCGCCUUGUAAAGUCCCCACAGUGCUCUAACCCUGGGCUGUGCGUACAGCCCCACCAUAUAGGAGUUUCUGUUAAGGAACUCGAUUUAUAUUUGGCAUACUUUGUGCACGCAGCAGAUUCAAGUCAAUCUGAAAGUCCCAGCCAGCCAAGUGAAGCUGAUAUUAAGGACCAGCCAGAAAAUGGACAUUUGGGCUUCCAGGACAGUUUUGUCACAUCAGGUGUUUUCAGUGUGACUGAGCUAGUAAGAGUCUCACAAACACCGAUAGCUGCAGGAACAGGCCCUAAUUUCUCUCUCUCAGAUUUGGAAAGUUCUUCAUACUACAGCAUGAGCCCAGGAGCAAUGAGGAGGUCUUUACCUAGCACAUCCUCUACCAGCUCCACAAAACGUCUCAAGUCUGUGGAGGAUGAGAUGGACAGUCCUGGUGAGGAGCCGUUUUAUACAAGCCAAGGGCGCUCUCCAGGAAGUGGCAGCCAGUCAAGUGGAUGGCAUGAAGUGGAGCCAGGAAUGCCAUCGCCAACUACAUUAAAGAAGUCAGAGAAGUCUGGUUUCAGCAGUCCCUCGCCUUCGCAGACCUCCUCCCUUGGAACGGCUUUCACACAGCACCAUCGACCUGUCAUUACAGGACCCAGAGCAAGUCCACAUGCAACACCAUCGACUCUUCAUUUUCCAACAUCACCCAUUAUUCAACAGCCUGGGCCAUACUUCUCACACCCAGCAAUCCGCUAUCAUCCUCAGGAGACUCUGAAAGAGUUUGUCCAACUUGUCUGCCCCGACGCUGGUCAGCAGGCUGGACAGGUGGGGUUCCUAAAUCCCAAUGGUAGCAGCCAAGGCAAGGUGCACAAUCCAUUCCUUCCUACCCCAAUGUUGCCACCACCACCUCCGCCACCAAUGGCUAGGCCUGUGCCUCUGCCAGUGCCAGACACAAAACCUCCAACUACAUCAACAGAAGGAGGGGCCACCUCUCCCACUUCUCCAACCUACUCGACACCCAGCACCUCCCCCGCAAACCGAUUCGUCAGUGUUGGACCACGGGAUCCAAGCUUUGUAAAUAUCCCUCAACAGACUCAGUCCUGGUACCUGGGAUAAAAGUCUCCGCUUCCCACCACCCACCGGACAGACCACCAGACCCCUUCCCACCUCUGUAACACGGAAGCAGCAGCAACGCAGCGCAGCGACUUCACAUCGGCGGAAGGGGAGGCGAGCAGACACCGACAGCAAACUAGUACAUGGAAAUGGCAAACGUUAUGGUUGAAUGGCAAAGGCCGUAACUUUUUUGAGAAUUUAAUUUUAUUUUUUUUUCUUUUUUUUUUUAGACAACUUUAGGACUGUUGUAAUUUCUCCUCUGGUGCUGGAAAUGGUUGGGCUUCAUAACUUUUGAAGUGUUUCAUUGGUAGUGUAAGCAUUAGGUGACACUGAGUAGAACUAGCCUCUGCUGCUGCUUACCAACUCGCUGUUGUAACACACUUUCCAUAUGGAGCCUAACUGUUUUACAGUAUCCUCAUCGAUUUUUUCCCAUCCAAGGUGUGAGACUUCUUGAGAAAUCAUGAAACACACUUAAACUAUAACUUUUGUAGUAGCUGAAUUCUGCAAUAUAUAACUUACCGGACAGACAUAGAGCAUGUUUUUUCUGUAACAUAUCAGAAAAGAAAAGAAAAAAUUGCAGGUUUUCUUUUUUUUUUUCUUUUGGUUGGGGUUUCUUUUUUAUUUACAGUCAGCACUUAGAGACGUAACAUGAACCAUCAGAGCAUUGUCAACGAUGUUUUUUUUCCACUCGAUUGCAGAGCGAUUUAAAACCAUCGAACUACUACUCUUCACUUCGAAAAAAAAAAGAAAAAAAAAGAAAAAAAAGAAAAAAAAGUUUGAAAUGCUGCACUUACAUUGAAAAAAAAAGAAAAACAUUUUUCAACAAUUUUCAACAAUUACACAAAAAUUCACGCAGAAAUGGGGAAGUUGGUCUGUUUUGACAGAAACUGACAGGAAUCAAUCAAAACAAUCGAAUUUUGAAUUGAGUAAAGUGCAAUUUCAUUGGAUAGCUAAAUAUCUUUGUAAGAUAGAGAUUGUUGAAAAUUCUAUUUUUGUUUUCCAAGUCCUUCCACCCCAGGACUCUAAAUUAUUGGGGUAAAAAACAGCCUUGCAAGAAAAAGGGGAGCUAUUUUUGCUUUUUAUGUUUUUUAUUGUUGAACUUGUAUCCCUUUAAAACUGAAGGAAAAUCUAAAAAAAAAAUACAAAAAAAAUACAAAUCUAAUGGUGCUUUUACCACAAUAUGUUAACUACAUUAAAUGCUAAUUAAUCAUUUUCUGUUAUCAAAGCACAUAACUAAAAUGAAAUCAUAAUCUCUGUUAAUUUUAUAAGCUAAAAGUCACUAUAAUGGAUUAUGCCAAUUCUGACAAAUUUUACGUGUUUCCGGCAAUAUAGGGUUUAUCAGUUCUCAAACACCUUGGGAAUAAGAGAGAACGGUCCAGAAAGUAAAACACCUUCGUGUCCCUGAACUGGUACAUUUUCUGGACUGUGAAGAGAACAUUAACAGAAACGAAUGAUGCUGAUCUUACAACUUAUGCCAGUUCAAAAGCAAGGGCACUUGCUGAAGAAGAGAGAGAAAAAAUAAAAACAAGAGAAAAAAAAGAGACAAAAAAGAAACAAACACACAAAAAAGAGAAGUUUGGACCCCAAACGUCCUGUAUCUUAUGUACAAAAAAAAGGAAAAAAAAAGAAAAAAAAAAAAGAGUGCAAGUGAUUUUUUCUAUCAGACAGCGGAGCACCCCUUUGCUUCACAUGCAACUUUAAGAAGGUUUCCUAUACUAUACAUAUAUAUACGUUCUGGUUGGCGAGUCCAGCUAAUCAGAGAAAGUCUCUGCAUGUUCUAGUGUUAGUAACUAAUUUUUAUAUAGUUAAUGUAGGGUAAAGUAGAGUGCAUUAAGACACAAUAUUGUAAUCCCUAUUCCAGGCACUUGCCUUUAAACUAUGUUUGUUCGACCCUUCAGAAGGGUUUCUACUACUGUCCUAUACAAUCAAAUAACUGAAAUUCUUGGGAAGACACUUUGCUCCUCAUCUUUUCCCUGAAACAAUGUUUUGUUUUUUUUGUUUUCUUAAUUUGCACGAAACGAGAUGAAAAAAAAGAAAAAAAAAAUUCCAUAUCAAUGUGCCUUGCCCUGGAUAGCGAUUAUUUGUGGAAUUGUUGCACAUGUUCCUAUAUUGAAAGGGGGUUUUUCCCUAGUCAAGCAUUUGGAGACACUUUUUGUAAAUGUGACUUUUAUGUCAGCCAUUGUCAGUUCCAACAUCUAGAAUUAAAUAGGAUGUUAGUUGUUCCGCAGAUAGGAGUAGUGUUGAUUGUCCUGUAUGGUCAGUGGCAGUGCUAUUCUGAGAUCUGUAGAUGCUAGAUUAUCAGUAUUUUUGGAUGUUGCUGCAUUUUACAUUUUAUUUGGAGUCUUCCUUUGUUUUCGUUUUGUUUUCUCCCAGAUAUAUGAAAAUAUGCAAUACCUGCUUAUAUCAUGUAGAAAAGCUUAGCGAUUAUUAAUUUUUCUUUUUCCUUUUGUUUUUGGGUUUUUUCGUUUGGUUUUUUCCUUUUUCUUUUUUCUUUUUCCUUUUUUCUUUUCUCUUCUUUUUUUUUUUGGUUUUUGUUUUAUUUGACCAAAGUUGGUGCUGCACUUGACGCAGUGUGUUUUAGGUGUUUGUCUUUGUACUUUUGUGAUUUUGAAUGCACAUGCAGGAAGGGCUCUUCUUAGAGAAGCAGUCAAACUGUGAAGCACUAAGCUGAACCCUGCUUCAAGCAAUUUUUGUUUUACAACUGUUCCUUUCACAAGCAAGCCUUAAAAAAAAACAAAAAAAACACAAAAAAAAAUACAACAAAAAAAACAACUUCCUUUUUCUUCAGAUUCCCACACCCAUUUUUAUUAGCAGACUGCAAUCAAUCCACAUUCAAUAAAAGUAUAUAAUGCCCAUUUUUAUAUGCACGUUUUUAAACUUCCAAGUUCUGAAAAUUGUUUACUGGUUAUUCUCUAUUUAAGGAAAAAAAUAAAAUGUUUUGGAUUUUCAUAUGUGUCUGAUAAGUGGUUGAGUAGUCAUUUUGCUCUAUUGUAUUGUGUGAUUGUUAGUAUAUGGUAUCACAUCCUCUAGCCAGCAUCCUUUGCCUUCCCUAUAGCACUUAGCUGGGCAUUACUUUAUUAAGACAUAUGUGCACUAAAAAAAAA